CCGACGCGCGACGCCGACGACGCGCGAAAGGCACGCGAGAGGGACGCGGGCGAGGGCGACGGGCGCGACGGACGACGGACGACGAUGUCGAGGUGCCCGUACGCGAGCGAACGCGCGCCGGGAGGGGCGAAACGGGAGCGGAGCGCGGGGAGCGGACGCGCGAGCGCGAGCGGGGACGCGGGCGGACUGGAGACGCUGACGAACGAGCUCGUGGCGUCGCUGCGGCCGACGGAGAUGAGCGAGAUUCGGCGACGGGCGGUGUUUGAGCACAUCAAACAGUUGGCGCAGGAGUGCUUCGGGACGGCGCACACGCUGGUGAGCGCGUACGGGAGCGUGCCGCUGCGGGCGUAUCUUCCGGACGGCGACAUCGACGUGUGCUUGCUGGGUGAUCAUCGCGUGAUCGAUAAGGCGCAGUGGACGACCAAGUUUAGGAAACACAUCGAGAAGGCGGAGGCGGAGGCGGAUCCGCCCCACGAGUUCGCGGUGAGUGAGGUGAGCGUGAUCAACGCAGAGGUACGGCUGAUGAAGUGCAUCGUGGACGGGAUGAUGGUGGACGUGAGCGCCAAUCAGUUUGGUGGCUUGGCGUCGCUCGGAUUUUUAGAAGAGAUGAACGCGUUCAUCGGUAGGGACGAUUUGUUCGUGCGCUCGAUCAUUCUCGUCAAGGCUUGGGGAUUUUACGAGGGGCGCAUCUUAGGAGCGCAUCACGCCUUGAUUUCCACGUACGCGUUGGAGACGCUCGUUUUGUACAUCAUCAACAAGUAUCACGCCGACUUGACGUGCCCGUUGUCCGUGUUGCACAAGCUUUUGAGCGUUUUCGCCGAGUUUGAUUGGGAAGGCUACGCGCUCACGAUUCACGGACCGGUGGCGAUCGAGGGCAUCGCGACGCCGCCCGACGAGUGUCUGGAGGGUGGUUUGAUCACCGAAGAGUUCAUGCGGACGAUGUUGUCGACGUACAGUUGCGAGUUCAUGCGCGCGGCGGCGAGCUCAGCGCCCGUGACCGUGAAGUACAUGAACAUCAUCGAUCCUCUUUUACCCAAUAACAACUUAGGCCGCUCUGUAUCUUGCGGCAAUUAUAGACGCGUGCGCGCGGCGCUCAAGCUUGGAGCGCAACGUCUGGAUGCGCUGAUGGCCUCUUCUGCGGCGCGCGAUGACGUCGGUGUGUUGCGAGGGUUCGUGGAAAUGUUUGGGAACAUCUUACGUCACAGGCGUUUACUUUACCCGCUUCCGCACGCGCCGGACACGCCGGGGGGAUGCUCGCACGCCGAUGAGGUUUCAAUGACGCCCAUGGGAAUGCCGACAAGCGCCAUCGCUUUACGUUCGAGAAGCUGCCUCGUCGAAGGCACGACACCGGCGACCGCGCUCGCGACGCAUCCUCACACGCGCUCGGUCGUGGACGAGUUACAACCGAGACAGCUGAACAUGGAAGACUCGGAGUCGAAGGACGCGGAAGCCGACGAGUCGUCAGCCGUCGCGGCGAACCAUUGGCCCACGCUCGGCGAUCCACCCUCGCCAGAGCGCGGCGGUCUUCACAAGCGAAGCGAGUCCAUGGGUUCACUCUCUGAACAAGAGCGCGGCAUCCACUGGGGUCGCUGGGACGCUCUCGGGGAUGAGCAGCGAGUUCCGACGAGUGACGAGCGACGAUCAAUCGACGACGACAGCGCGCAAAUGUCCACAUCACCGCCUCAGAGUUUUUUUUCGGACGAUUCUGGCGAACAGCACGACUCGUGCGAUGGUGCAGAUAGUAAGCAGCCGCCCAUCCCCGAGGACGCCACCGCGCCGGGCAUCAAUGACAUCUUUACCGGAUGUCUUGACACCAUUCGUGAGCAUUUGGCUUUUGGUGUGUUCCACCACCGACGCGCGCACGAGCGAACGAUCGCGGCAAGACGAAGUGGUGAUGACCGGCGUCGAAGUUCCAACAACAAUAAUCGACGAGGCAACGGUAAUCGUCCUCCGUACAACCGUUCUCGAAACGCGUCUAGGAGCAACAAGGCGAGCAAGAGCGCGGCGCAACAAAGUUUCCAAUCGGCUGUUCCACCACCUCCUCCUCCGGGAGUGCCGCCACUGGGCACGGCGAAGCGUGGUUACGCGAGCGACAACAACUCUACUGCUGUUUUCGAGGAUAUGAGCGCGCACUUUCCGCACGUCGAUCCAGCCAAAGAGGUCGAUCCAGCCAAAGAGGCGUCAUCCUCGAUCGAGGAUGACGCGCCGCGGCGAACUCGAUCGCCGAGGCCGUCGCCCACGUUUCCACAAGCGUGGAGCGGAGUCGCAAAGCUUCCGGCCAAGUUCAUGAACGAGCAGCCGACGAGCGAGGAAGACAAAGCAGUCACGAUGGCGGCCAUGCUGAAAAAAGACAUCGAGGACAAGCUGGCUGUCAAUGUCGCGUUGACGGAUACAUCUUCGGCUUCGCUUGACGACGUGGCGGCGACGCCAUCGACGGUAAAGCCUUCGUGGGGUCCGAAAGGAUCAGCACCUAUCGACGUUCUCAAGGCCAACGCGGAGAAACCCGUCGUGGACGAUCGCCCCAAGACGCCAGCGCUCGUCGCCGAAGACUCCUCCCAGUCCUCGCCGAUGGAAGGGUCUCCCGGGGAGCACACCAUCACCCCGCAGUCCGACGAUUCCGCCGCCGGGAACGAUUCAUCAAACGCACAGUCCAAGACCAAGCGCGUUCGUUCGCGUAAAGGCAAAACGAGAGUCCCAGUCGUCGAAUGCGAGGAGGCGUUUCCGUCCCUCGCUACCGGCGGCGCCGCCGACGCCCCUCGCGGCGUCCAGCCCGCCAAGGCUUGGGCCACUCUCCUGUAAUCUCUCUCCCUCUUUGCCUACUACUACUUACUUAUAUCUUUCAUUUUUACAGCGCGCGCGCUUAGUGUGUAAUUUACAACGAGUUUUGACAUC